CAGAUCCACAACACAAAACUUGGCCAGCCCAUCGCUUGUCUAUGGGAGGGGAGAAAGGAUGCUUUAAAAGUUGCAGCUGGUGUCGUUGACCUGCAGACCUGCACAGGAAACUCUAAAGCCAGCAAAAUGGUUCAAUGGACAGACUUCGAGCGCGCCACCAUCGCGGACGUUUUCUCCAAAAUCCAGUAUGAGGUGGUGGGCCCUGCAGCUCUUGCCAGGUGUCUGAUCGUCUACCCCUGGACUCAGAGGUAUUUCGGCAACUUUGGAAACCUCUACAACGCCGCUGCAAUCACGGGAAAUCCGAUGGUUACAAAACACGGAACAACUAUCCUCCACGGUCUGGACCGGGCUGUGAAGAACAUGGACGACAUCAAGGCAACCUAUGCCGAGCUGAGCGUGCUGCACUCCGAGAAACUGCACGUGGACCCCGACAAUUUCAAACUGUUGGCUGACAGCAUCACAAUUACCAUCACCUGCAAACUCAGGAGCGUCCUGAACCCUUGAUCUGCUGAGGUCAGU